CAAAUUGUUACGAUACGCUGGCAGUCGUACCAGCUGAGAGGGACUUAAGUGUGCCAGAUUUUGCUCACCAACCUUGUUUUGAUAAUCCAAAUAAUGGAACUGAGCAAUUGUGUGCCAGAAUCUAUAUUCCCUGUAAGCGGUGUCGUUUGUUUUGCUGAGAUAAUACGUCAGCAUAUGUUGUUUACGAGAUUUCAUUUGUGAUUGUUAAUCGAAAUUGUAACUUGACUGACUAUCGACUGAUCCGUUGUGUUAAGUAGUAAUAAUAAUAAUAAUAAUACUAGUAAUGGUAAUGAUGAGACCAGCUUAUUCAACGUUUCCUUCUUUUUCUUCUUCUUUUCCUCUAAUUAUUUUAUUUCUUCUCUUAUCUGGUAUUAUUUGUUAUUUAUACACCGGCUAUACGCAUGAUUUCAUUUCUUCAAUACACUUUUAUUCUGCAAUCUGUUCUCUACCGCUUACAGUAUUAUUAUCAUUGAUUUUAAAGCGUCUACUAGCAUCUAUUCAAUGUUCAAUCAAUUUUAAACUUUUAUGUUCCCCAUCAUCAUUGUUAUUUUUACUCUGUGGUGUUCUGUUGAAUACACUUUUAAUCAAUCAACACGAUAUAUCGAAUGAAAGUUUACAAGCAGAAUCAACUACUGAGGUAAGUAUGUUUGUGGGAGAUUUGUUAACACUGACCAGUGGAAUAUUAUGCCCAGUAUUGAUGUUAAUGAUGAAUAAUAAUUAUUUUAAACAUUUUAAUGAAGGAAUUUCGCUAUGGUUUGGAUUUUUAUUUGGUUCAUUCUUUCAUAUUCGUUAUAAUAAUAAUAAUAAUAACAUUAAUGCACAAUCAUUAUCCUCAAGCUCAUCAUGCUUAACAUUAAUAUUGUUCAAUAUUUCAAUAGUUAUUCAUUUUGUUUUACUGAAUGAACAACGUUGCGCGCUUGUUUCUUUAAGUAUAGUCUCUUUAGUUGGCCUUUUGUGUAAUUCUAUUUUUAAUUAUUUACCAGAUAAUCGUAAAAAUACGAGUAUAGAUAAUGAUAUACCUAUAUCAAGAAUACACUCAAAUACAAUUGCAUUUUACAUUUUAAUUCAUGGCUUUAUAUUGCUUACUUACAUACUUAUCUGUGCAUCUUAUUUUAUUACUUGUCCAUUAUUUAAAAGAUUUAAAUUUACUUAUCAUUUAUACAAGCAUGUAUCUAUACGAUUGUAUUUAUGCUUAUCUUGUGUUUAUAUUAUCAUUCAAUUGAUUUUUAUUAUAACCUUGAUGAAUUCAUUGACAUGGGAUAAAUUUUCAACAGGUUUAAUCUAUGGUGUCUUUAUCUGUGAAUGGAUUAUUCAACAUGCUAUUUGUUGCUUGUGUCUUUUACGAUUAGGCAGAAUAAUUCAGCGUAGUGAUCGUGCAACGCAUAGCAUACCAUUACAACAUAAUGGACAAAAUCGUGUAUGGGCAUCACUUGGUGCCCGCUACUUGGCUUUAAUAUCAAAAUCCAAUAUGAUUUUUUCAAUUUUGAUAACUAUCAUUUUUAUUAUUAUAAUCAGUGUUCUUUAUCUAAGUGGUUCAUUUAAACCAGUUAAAUCAGAAUUCAUGCCUUUAUUACAGUUAUCAUUUUUAAUGGAUUGUUACCUUGUCAGCAUAUUUUAUCAUCUUAGUAAAACAACAGGUCCAAGUGCUAUUGGUUAUGCUUUAUGUCAUCAAUUUUCAACGUUCAAUAGUAAUCAUCCUUCUCAAGAAACACCAAUAAUAUCAUCAUCCACAAAUUCAAUAACAAAUCAACUGUUUUCUGACAAAGCACCAUUUAUGAAUUCAAUGCUAUUGAUUGAGAAAUUUUUCACUUAUUAUUCAAUACAAAAAUAUGGUUGUGUUUAUACAUCACCAGGUCAAGUGAAUAAAGUCGACAGUAUCACAAAUCCUCCGGCUGAUAAUGAUCAUACUAAUAAUAAUCCAAAUGCCCAUCUACUACCGCUUCCAUUGUCUGAACAGUAUCUUCGAGGGAUUGGUAAAUUUUUCCGUGAAUGCUUAUCUGACAGUGAUAUUCGAUAUGACACCUAUGUACUAUACUACAUUGGACCAGAUAAUAAUAAAGGUGAUUGGAUAUUUGAAGAUGAAAGUGUAAUUACUUUAAAGAAUCUGAUUGACUUAUGGGAAUUAUCAUGUCUAUCGAAAUCGUUCAAAAACUUAUCCAGAAGUAUGCGUCUUUUAAUCUUAUUGGAUACUUUACACUCUGAAGAAUGGUAUAAAUCAUUGACUACAUGGAAUACACAAUGUUGUAUAGCAAUACAAUCAGCUGUACCAGUGUUCAAUAAUAAUAAUAGUAGUAAUAAUAAUAAUAAUAAUCACAGUUCAUUCAUUGGUAUGUUUACGGAAUUCUGGAUAAAAGAAAAUAUUUCAAGGAUUAGUUAUCCUAGUCAAGUAUCAUCUAUUGAAGAACUUCGUGACAAACUUAUGAAUUUAUCACAACCAAUGAAAUUUAUUUACUCAACAACGAAUGGUUGGUUUAACUUUCAACUUCGUGAACCUUCAGUCGAGGAGAUAGAUAAGUACUUGAAGUUUGUAUUCCCGAAACCGUUACAAAAGUUCUACAAUGGAUUUUUAUCAAUAUUUCAAACUAAGAAGAUCGAUAACAGUAAUGUUAAUAAUACUAAUAGUAAUAAAGUAUGCAACAACAGAGAUCCAGAAGAACACGACGUAAAGGAAAUGACUAUCUUACAAAAGUUAUUAUUCUACACCAAAUAUAUUUUUUAUCCAUUAAAUAUAAUGAUAAGAUUCUCAUAUACUAUAGUUACUCAUCAAUAUAGACAAUUGUAUUUUGCAUAUUUUUCAUCUGAUUUAUUAGAAACUGAUCAUGGAUUUAUUUUAAUGCGUACAUGAAUUUUUUAAAUGUUGUUUAAACUGCUUCAUCAUUGAACAUAUCAACAUUGAAAUAACCCGCGUGAUUCAAUUUUUUUUGCUGCGCUACAACACACUUUAUCACAAACUAACUAUAACUAGUAAUUCAUUUCAUUUUUAUGAAAGUAAAUUGAACUCAUGUGUAUUUUUUUUUAAAUUGAUUUUAUUUUAUUUCAUUGUUAUUUCUUAUAUUCACAUUUUAUAUUUUUACUUAUCAGACUGUUAUCAUUGAGAGAAACAUUUUAUGU